CUUCUUCUUCCCCUCUUCCCAUAUCUACACACUCACCAAACCCCAACUCGUCUAAACCCAACUCCGGCCGCCGCAGUAGCUUCUCCCUCUCCUUUACGAGAAAGCCUAGCCGAUGGAUCCGCAGCAGCCGGAGCCCGUCAGCUAUCUGUGCGGAGAUUGCGGAGCUGAGAACACGCUGAAGUCAGGAGAUGUGAUCCAGUGCCGUGAAUGCGGCUACCGCAUCCUCUACAAGAAGCGCACCCGCCGAAUUGUUCAAUAUGAAGCGCGUUGAAGACAAUCUCGCAAUGCAUUUAGUGCCCUGAGACAAAUCUACAAUGGUGGAAUGUAUAAAGUAUUCGUAGGUCGUACCUGUCCAUUUGACUUUGGCUUGAAGUUGUAACACUUGCUGUAUUGAGUUGUGAGGUUUGACCAAUAUAACGACCUGUUGGCAUCCUUUGCCAAAUCAUAUCUGCUGCGAAUUCAUUACAACUUUGAGUAUAUAUCUUGCUACAAGAUAAUCGGAGUAGCGCACUA